GAAGUUCUCAUGCUGUAUAUCAAUUCACAAACGGGUUCAGAAGGGCCCGUGGGCAAAAGGUUGCAUAGAUGAAUGGCUUGCCAAGUUGAUUUUCCUGCAGCAACUGCUCUGGACUCCCGAAGCCGAAGACAUAGCACGUUGGACUAUCACAAAUUACAUAAUCUUUGUUGAUCUUAGGCAGCAGUGCGAGAUCGAGCCUUAUUUUCAGUUCUGACAUCAUCGAUUUGUAAACGACGUGGACAAUAGCGACUUCCAUUCUUGGGACAGAGUUGAAUAAUAGGGAAAACAAGACCGCAAAUCUUUUGCAAAGUCAUUCAUUCGUACAAUAGCCGUGAGAAAAAUAGUACUAUAUAGCUGCAGUAGGAUAUGCCAUGCGACAGCUCCAUGGAUUUUAUGCAGUAAUGUGAUAUGGGACGUUAAUUCCGCUUAGUUUGUUGGAUUUCAACUUUACAUCUGAUUGGUUUCGGUUACGCGAAUCAGCAGAAAGCCUCUUCAUCUGUUCAUGUUAUAGUUCUUCGGUCUACUUCCUCGAUGUGGUUCAGGAUUCACCAAUUCUGUUCGGGACCAAUAGAGUCGACAUGAAUGGAUGUUGUGGAAACCUGGAAACAGAUAUACAUAGGUUGCGGCUCGACUGGUGUUGUUAAACCAUGGACCUACUACAAUACAACGUUAAACUAACCCGGUAAUUGGAAAUCGAAUUAAAUCCGAUUUUUCGACGUUACAUGGUUUGCGUUGCCUGAGAACCCUCGACUUUAUAGACUAGUCAUUAUCAUUUGAUCAGUUGUGAAGUCGACGGGACUGUCUGUGCUUGGAGAAUGAUUCGUUUAUCAAAACACCUCAGACAUCUGACGAAUUUAGUCUGAGUCUGAUAUCUAGAACUGUGUAAAAAAAAGUCGGGACAGAUCGAAAGAGGAAGUCGAAGUUCACUGCUUGGUUUGUGAGGCACCAGGAAUAGCAUCUGACCUACCCAGAAACCGAAACUCGAUAUUAAGUAUUAUUAUUAUAUUGCAAUACCAUCACCAAUGAUUCUUUAGGAGUGUGAGCAGGCCGCCAUUUUGAAAGCUGCAUUGCAACAUGGGAUCGAGAGCCAGGGCAGGCACCGAGGGAGAAUCGAACGGCUCCUACAAGAUUCUGCUCAUCGGUGGGAGUGGGGUGGGUAAGACGUGCCUUCUGAGGAGAUAUGUGGAGGGAGAGUUCCCACUCAACAGCAAAGCUACACUUGGACUGGAUUUCAAAAUUCGAACCUUGAUCGUUGAUAAAGAUGAGAUUCGUCUUCAACUCUGGGACACUUCCGGUCAGGAGAGAUUUCGUUCUAUGACCCAAGCCUACUACAGAGGCGCAGCAGGCAUUGUCUUAGUCUAUGACGUCACAGCUGAAGACUCCUUCUCAACGCUUUCUGAUUGGCUGGGCGAUGUCAGUAUGUAUGCUCCCGAGGAUGUGAAAGUAAUAUUAAUCGGUAAUAAGUCUGAUGCAGAUGACGAUGAACGAAUCAUUAGCCGGCAAGCAGGAGAAGAGUUUGCCAAGGAACACGGACUGAAAUAUUUUGAAACGAGUGCAGUUACAAAUGAGAACGUAGCCGAAGCAUUUGAACACUUAGCAAAGCUUCUACUCGAAGAUGAGAAAAAGGCAUCAAACGGCAUCGAAAGACACACAUCGAACCCAUCCCUUGUAACAUACAUCAAGCCAACGGUUAAAGAGAAGUCGUCUUGCCCUUGCUGACAGUAUACAUGCUAUGGAUGUGCCCAUGAAUCGAUCGGAACACUUAAUAAUUAUGUCACUACAACAGUGACAUCUUAUGACCUUUCGUGUCUAGAUUUUCAUAUACCACGUGAUCAAAAUGAAUUGAAUUUAUGUGACGUUAAUUGUGCCAGCAUCAUUAUCAUGUCGACAUUGGUUAUGGCAUCAUUAACACAGUGACUGUGCCCAAGACAUGAUUGAAACACUUAUGUCACUGCAACAAUAAUGUGUCCUGGUAUGAGACCACGUGACAAUGGAAAUUAUUUGACGCAACCUGUGCCAGCAUUUAUAUCAUCAUGUCGACAAACUGUUACGUGGUUGGAACAAACCAGUCCGUAGUUAAUUCUCGUCAGGUGAUAUGAGAUUGUAAUCUUUAACCAGUGGCGUGAAGUAUCACGUCGCAUUAAACUGUCGCGAUGUCGCAAACGCGAAGAAGCAUCAUAAACUCUGUUGACAGUAAUACCUUGGUCACAUUUGUUCUACGGUGGCCGUACGGCGAGUCGAAAACCGCCGUUUUAUUAAUUUUAAUUCAAACCACCUAUAUGAAGUUGGACAAAAAAAUGUUAAAACGGCUGUUUUCGACUCGCCGUACGGCCGCCGUAGAGCAAAUGUGACCAAGGUAUAAGCGAAUACUAUUACAUUUUUUUUUACAGGGGAGUCGGAGACAUUAUUAUCCACUGCAUGCUUCAUGUAGGGAGUUCAAGUUCAAUUUAUUCAAAAACCAGACAUAUUAUGAGUACAAAUCAAUGAUCAGAUGGUACAAAAGAAUACAUGACACAAUAUGAACGGUUUUCUAGGACCCCGAAGAAGCACAGCUUGUGAGUGGGGCCCUAUAUACCUCUACAUAAGAUGUUGAUCUAAAUGAGGUGAAAGGAUACGAAGAACGAUGUAACAAUAAUCGACACUCUAAUAUUAAAACAACCCCACCCAACUACUUACUGUGUCCAUUCGCUAUUUCAAAAACAAACAUUAUUUUAACUGGCGGUAUUUUAAAACAUCAUUUAUUCUAUUUUAUAUAUCUUUUAAAGAUAUUAAACUCGUCGUAUAGGUCUAGUCAACCCUAACUCUUUAUUUGAUGUCAGUAGUUUAGCAAAAUAAUGAAUUGUAUUGUUUAUGAUAUAUUGUUUCUGCCCAAUGUUGUGAUCGUUUUAAUGUUUUCAAGUUCAACCUCACCAUCUUGUUUAUCUUAAUUUGUCUUCUUUCUUUUUUUCCUGGCAAUUGUUUUUUUUUUCUUAUCAUUGUUCUCAUGUUGCAGUAUUGGAGUGAAAUAUUUGUGUUACUUGUUCUUAUACCAUGAUAUUACCAUUACAUACUAUUGUCAUAUUAUCUUCAUAUUUCUUGCAUCGUUGGCAAACGUAUACAUUAUGCAGGGAACAAUUCCCUGCAUUACGCUGGGGAAGGGGGUAAGACGAUUUAUAUGUGACGUAUUUUCUUUUCCCAACGACCCCCCCCCCCCCCCGCAUUUUGUGCUUUUUAAAAUAUUUAUUUGGGGAGCAAGAUUGCAUCCCAAAAGAUGGCGCCAGUGUUUCAUUCAUGAUUUUUUAACGAUUGGUAACAUUGAUAAUCUGCAUUUAAGCGUACGAAUCAACUCAUCAACUUUCAUAUCACUGACUUAAAAUAUGCAUUAAUUUCUUCUUCUCCUUUUUUUUUUUACAUGUAUAGCUUUUAUAUUGUUAUUUGUAUAUUGUGCCUACAAUCUUGAAAACAUGAAUAAGUUAGCUUCGACCGUUGUCCCAUGUGCGAUACUGUAUAAAACGCGUUUGAACAUCAAUACCAUCGAAUGCUCUGUUAUGAUACUGUAGCAAGACCAAUACCAGUUCUUGCAACCAAGUUUUUCACUAUGUCCCUAUAUACAACAUGUACUAUUGCAGAUGAACAUGAUGAAGAUGCUUCGUUGCCACAGCCGGUAUUGCUAUGUUUUCGAAAAGUAUUUGAUCAUAUGGAUAACAUUCGGAUUGCUUUCAAAACUGUAAAUAGUUCGUGCAUAUUUGAUUUAGAUACUUACCCGUCCUUUACAUUGCAAAUUACAUCUAUGCAUUCUUUGAAAGUUAUGUUUCUAAAAAGGAUUAUUUAUUUUAUCUUUUAUUGGCCAUGAUUUAUAGUCAUGAGAGUAAAGUGCUGUUGGUAUUCUGUUAAUUUAUUAAUACAAUUUCUACAUCCUUUUAGCUUUGUAUGUGAUCAAGUAAUGCGAUGGCUAAAGAGAUGCCCUUAGCCACCCCCCCCCCCCUCUGGAGAUGAGACGCAUACACUCCUAAAAUAGUUGGGCAAAAAAUGCCCAAAUUGGGUCAAUAAAUUGGGUAAUAAAAACUAAUAAUUGGGUAAUAAAAUUGCUCAAUUGGAUAAUAGUUGCCCAGAAUGUUAUAUAUUUUUUGAAACAGUGGACAGUAUGUUGCCCAACAUUUUAAGCGUGUUGAAUGAUAUGAAAUGAAAUAUGAACGAUUUUAAUUCAGCAUUUUAUCAUUUCGACUUCAAGCCCUGAAAUAGAACUCUGAAAUUCCAUAUCUCUACCCCUCAUUUCAGAUAACAAUACUAUAUUGGAAACCAUGAUUAAGUUAGUCUCACAAUCCAAGAUAUGCAAUGUGUUUAAAAGUUGAAAAACAAAACAAAAAAUAAAUAAAAUUGUUGUUGAUAUGAUUUCAUUGAAA